AUGCCUACUAGACUUCACCACAACAGAAAGAAGCGUGGACACGUUUCCGCCGGUCACGGUCGUAUUGGUAAGCACAGAAAGCAUCCUGGUGGUCGUGGUCUUGCUGGUGGUCAACAUCACCACCGUAUCAACAUGGAUAAGUACCAUCCCGGUUACUUUGGUAAGGUCGGUAUGCGUCACUUCCACUUGAAGAAGAACCCCAACUGGCGUCCUGUUGUCAACAUUGACAAGCUCUGGACUCUUGCUGGUGAAGGUGUUCGUGAAAAGUACAAGAACACUGAAAAGGUUCCUGUUAUUGAUGUCCUCGAAAAGGGUUACGGUAAGGUUUUGGCUAAGGGUGUCAUCUCUCAACCUGUCAUUGUCCGUACUCGUUUCGUCUCUGCUCUUGCAGAAAAGAAGAUUAAGGCUGCUGGUGGUGCUAUUGAGCUCAUUGCUUAG